GGGUCGCGCGUAUCAGGCGUACGCAUGCGCGCACGCCGCCGGUCGGGCUGAGCUAAGAGGGGAGGGGGCGACGGCAGAGGAGGUAUCGUUAUUUCCGCGAUCUGGACGGUCCGUGGCGGCUCGGGUGGCUACGGAAGAAGUAGGCAUAAUGGUUAUGAAAGCUUCUGUAGAAGAUGAUGAUUCAGGAUGGGAGCUCAGUAUACCAGAAAAGAUGGAAAAAAAUAAUACAAACUGGGUGGACAUAACCCAAGAUUUUGAAGAAGCUUGUCGAGAAUUAAAGUUGGGAGAACUGCUUCAUGAUAAACUAUUUGGUCUUUUUGAAGCCAUGUCUGCCAUUGAAAUGAUGGAUCCCAAGAUGGAUGCUGGCAUGAUUGGAAACCAAGUUAAUCGCAAAGUUCUCAAUUUUGAACAAGCUAUCAAGGAUGGCACCAUUAAAAUUAAAGACCUCACCUUGCCUGAAUUGAUAGGGAUAAUGGAUACAUGUUUUUGCUGUUUGAUAACAUGGUUAGAAGGCCACUCCUUGGCACAGACAGUAUUUACGUGCCUUUACAUUCAUAAUCCAGACUUUAUAGAAGAUCCUGCCAUGAAAGCUUUUGCUCUAGGAAUCUUGAAAAUCUGUGACAUUGCAAGGGAAAAAGUAAAUAAAGCUGCUGUUUUUGAAGAGGAAGAUUUUCAGUCAAUGACUUAUGGAUUUAAAAUGGCUAACAGUGUGACAGAUCUUCGAGUUACAGGCAUGCUAAAAGAUGUGGAGGAUGACAUGCAAAGAAGAGUAAAGAGUACUCGAAGUCGACAAGGAGAAGAAAGAGAUCCAGAAGUUGAACUAGAACACCAACAGUGUUUAGCAGUAUUCAGCAGAGUGAAAUUUACUCGAGUAUUACUGACAGUGCUUAUAGCCUUUACUAAGAAAGAGACCAGUGCUGUUGCAGAAGCUCAAAAAUUGAUGGUUCAAGCAUCAGAUCUUCUUUCUGCCAUUCAUAAUUCUUUGCAUCAUGGCAUCCAGGCCCAGAAUGAUACUACGAAAGGAGAUCAUCCAAUUAUGAUGGGUUUUGAGCCCCUUGUUAACCAGAGGCUACUUCCACCCACCUUCCCUCGAUAUGCAAAAAUAAUUAAAAGGGAAGAAAUGGUCAACUAUUUUGCAAGAUUAAUAGAUAGAAUAAAAACUGUCUGUGAGGUGGUCAAUUUAACAAAUUUACAUUGUAUCCUGGAUUUUUUCUGUGAGUUUAGUGAACAAUCACCUUGUGUUCUUUCAAGAUCUCUGUUACAAACCACUUUCCUGGUGGAUAACAAAAAGGUCUUUGGAACUCAUCUCAUGCAAGAUAUGGUGAAAGAUGCACUUCGGUCUUUUGUCAGUCCUCCGGUGCUUUCCCCAAAGUGCUGUCUAUAUAAUAAUCACCAGGCUAAGGACUGUAUUGACUCCUUUGUUACUCACUGUGUUCGGCCAUUCUGUAGUCUCAUUCAGAUCCAUGGACACAAUAGGGCUCGACAGAGAGAUAAGCUCGGUCAUAUUCUUGAGGAAUUUGCUACUUUGCAGGAUGAGGCAGAAAAGGUUGAUGCAGCCCUUCACACUAUGCUGUUGAAACAGGAACCCCAGAGGCAACAUUUGGCCUGUUUAGGUACCUGGGUCCUUUACCAUAAUCUUCGAAUUAUGAUACAGUAUCUUCUAAGUGGCUUUGAAUUGGAACUCUACAGCAUGCAUGAGUACUACUACAUCUAUUGGUAUCUUUCUGAAUUCCUUUAUGCAUGGUUGAUGUCGACAUUAAGUCGUGCUGAUGGCUCUCAAAUGGCAGAGGAAAGGAUAAUGGAAGAGCAGCAGAAAGGCCGGAGUAGUAAAAAGACAAAGAAAAAGAAGAAAGUUCGCCCACUGAGCCGCGAGAUCACAAUGAGCCAGGCAUAUCAGAACAUGUGUGCUGGUAUGUUCAAGACCAUGGUAGCAUUUGACAUGGAUGGCAAAGUACGAAAACCGAAGUUUGAGCUUGAUAGUGAACAAGUUCGGUAUGAGCACAGAUUUGCUCCAUUCAACAGUGUAAUGACACCACCACCAGUGCACUAUCUGCAGUUCAAGGAAAUGUCUGACCUCAAUAAAUACAGCCCUCCUCCUCAGUCUCCAGAACUGUAUGUGGCAGCUAGUAAGCACUUUCAGCAGGCAAAAAUGAUAUUGGAAAAUAUCCCAAACCCAGACCAUGAGGUCAACAGAAUUUUAAAGGUUGCCAAACCCAACUUUGUGGUUAUGAAGUUACUGGCAGGAGGACACAAAAAGGAAUCUAAGGUUCCUCCUGAAUUUGAUUUCUCUGCUCACAAAUAUUUUCCUGUUGUGAAACUUGUUUGAGACUGAAAGGUGAUCAUAAAAGGGUAAAAUCUACUUUCAGAUUCUACUCUUAGAGGAUCCAUCCAUCCAGUCUUAUUACAUAACAUGAAGUGAAAUGGAUUUCUUAGAUAACAACCCAUUAUAAGGAAUACUUUUCAUUCAUUUGACAGCCUUAUAUGACGUGAAUGAAAACUGCUGUUUUAAAGUGGUUUAUUAUGUCCAUGGAAGAAACUGGUCUUGUGGAAUGCAUUGAUGAACGUUAUAUGGUUUUAUUACAGAUUUAAUCAUAAAUCAUUUUUUAUGAAUGAUUGAGUGAAAAUAGUGUUUGUAAAGGUUAAUAAAUUUCUUGACAAAAAUGCACUACUGAAGAUGAAAAACAAUAGUACUUUGUUGGUACAUGUUUAGAACAGAAGGUGUGUAGUCUUUAACUUUUGAGUAAUUCAAACAAAUCAUCCAAAAGAAGUGUCAAAUCAAGGGAUUUAUUAAACAUUUGUAUGGGAUUUUGGAGGGGACCUCUAAGCUUCACGUAUACAGGGAAGCUAAAUUACAUGGGGAUUGUGAUUUUAUGUGUCAUGACAUCUUAAAUCACACACCUGUAAGAAUAUAGAUGUUUUAAUAAAACAUCCUGUAACUGUUACUUUGGCACUUUUAACAAAUUAAGGUUUAGGACAAGCCCCUUAGAAGUACUCAGCACUUUUAGUUAUAAUUUAAAUAGUUGAUUGUUUCAAUCUUCCCAACUGUAGUAUAAAUUUGAGAAAAGGGACUUCAUCUUUCCAGAACCUGCUCACUCACUAAUAGAAUGUGGAUUUUCUACUUAAGAUGUAAAAGACAUCCUAAUGGCAUUACGCCAUUCCUGGGGAAAACAAGGCCACUAACGCAAUAGGUAGGCGACCUUUAGUAGGAGAAACACUUGCUGGUGACAAAACUGGAAGUUACAAGCACAGAGGAAUUUGGAGGUGGCAAGUUGGAGUCUGGUGGCCUUGCCCCUAAACAGUGUGCUUCAGCUGAAGAAUUUGGUUCAUUUGUCUGAUAUUUGCAAAUCAGUCUAAGCACAAGUUGGUAUAUCAAAUACUUCCAAAUCAGCAGAGGAGAGAACCAGAACUCAGAACUGGUUGAUUUUACUAUAAGGAACCAUAAAAUAAAACUUUGGAUGACUGAAUAUUUUUGUCAUCCUACAGCUGCCAAAGGUAUUUUACAAAUUUACUUUUGAAGAACUGUAAGGACCUAUCUGAGAUAUUGAACUAGUCCACCUAUGCAUUCAUUUACAUUCUAAGACUUUUUUCUGUACUCCUUUGCUAAUACUGCCUUCCAUUCCUUCCAUUUAAAAAGAGAAUGUAUCUGCUCUUGCAGGAUCGUGUUAUUUAUUAUACAACUAAAUUACUAAACUACUGCAAAGAUACAGAUGCAGUACAUGCAACCUCCUGUUUACAAUUCAAACAUUAAGCCAAGCUUAAAGGAAAGGGUGGUGUGGUCACAGCUAGAAUAACGUGGAUGAGCCCAUUUCAAAAAAUAAGAGCAAGAUUGUCCUUUCUAGGAAAAAAAACUGGCUUCUGGUUAAGGUUACAGAACUACUCUUUUAAUGAUAUUAAGAUGUUUAAUGUCAGCGGCUUUUUUGGAGAGUGAGUUAAAACAUUUAGGUGAACCCUUAAAUACUGUGUUUCCCCAAAUAUAAGAUCUAUCCCGAAAAUAAGCCCCAGUUAAGAUCUCAGCCAGACGGACGCAUUCAGUAUGUUAUGACACUGUUCCAUAGAAGACAUGACUGUAUUUGAAUAAAUGUAGAUUGUUGUACAUGAAAAAAUAAGACAUCCCCUGAAAAUAAGCCCUAAUGGAGCAAAAAUUAAUAUAAGACCCGGUCUUAUUUUCGGAGAAACACGGUAUGAGCAUACUCAUUGAGUUCUGGAGAAAGGCAGACAUGGUACAUCACCCUGGAUGUUCCAUUACCGUCAUUUCACUGCAGCUUUGAGAGAGACAUAGUAAAAAGAAAACUAACAUCAGGAACUCCUUCACUGACUCUGGCUUACCUCUGAAGGCUAAGUAGGCUUUCAUCCUAAUUCCCAUGUGUCUAACAUUCAUUCAAAAGGCAUUCAUUCAUCUGAAUCUGUUUAUAAAGGUUCUAAAGGCAAACUUCAGUUAUAUGGAAAAUUAGGUUAUCUAGGACCACAUCUCUGAUAAAUCACAAUCAUUUAUUUGGACUUACAGUCAGAUGUUUACCAAGCACCCAUCACAGUACUUGACUCUGUAGGGAUAUAAAGUUGUAGAAGCAAGAUAUGGUCUAUAUUAUCAACUCAGGACAAGGUGACUUUAUUCUAAGGAGUAAGGAUAUAAAACAAGCAAUUGUCUCAACUGCGAGGGCAGUGGUUUGUAAAACUCAUUAUCUGAAGGUUUACAUAUAGCUUAAAGAUGAGAAUAUUUAAAGUCACUUAACUUCCCAGAGAUGCACACCAGCAAAGUUGAAAAGCCUUUUGGUUUUGGGGGGUUUUUGUUAAAUGCAUAGGAAGAUACUGACUUUGAGUAGUCAUUCAGUGUAUUUGUUACCAGAAUUUUACAAACCAGUUUUUAAACAGUGGCUUAGUACAUUUUAAGAAAGUGUUGCCCUCUGAACUAAGGAAUAGCACACAAAUAAGCAAACAUUUAAAUAAUACACAAUUCAAAUGACGACUUUCCCAACUUUCUGACACUAAGGAACACUUAAAGUCUAAACUAAUCAUGUAGAAAAAAAUUAAUGUAAUCCAAUUAAUGGAACCUCUUUAUUUUAAAUUUACAUAUUUCAUUUCAAAGACAAGUGUUAGAAGUUGUUCAGUACCCUAUACACUAUCAUUAUUUAUAAUUAAUAAUCUUUUAGGCAAAAACACAGUGGGAGUAGACCGAUCCCCUGGACUUUAAAGGACCCUGAAUUCACAAUUUUCUUCCACGAUUCUAGGUUCUACUAUGAAUGGAUAACCAGCUAUUACCAAUUAAAACAAAACAAUCAUGCUAGUCAUCAACCUAGUUAUUUAAUGUAGCAUACUGACUUAACAGGCAAUGCUUUAUUUCUCAAGUUUCAUCAUACAAAAACACAUACAUUAAGUAUGCUAUGAUUAGAUUACUGGGAUAAUCUAGUCCCAGGUUGCUGAGGGAACCUUCACUGCAAUCUUAUCUGCAGGAGAAAAAAUCGAAUGACUCAUCACUCCUGUCUAUACACCAUUUGAGAGUACAGAGGAAGUGAAUUAAAUAGCAUUUAUACCUAUUAAAAAUUGGGAUAACUGCUGAUUGAAAUUUGGAUGGCACCAAAAACCACCAAGGUCAAGCAAGGGUUUGAUAUCUACUUGGUGCUUAUUACACAGGAUUUUGUUUUAUUAAACAGCCAUGAUACCUCUAAAUUGUUGCCUCGGAAUGGGUACCUGUGAUCCCAAAGGAAGUCAGUGGUAAUAAGCAUGACUGCCUGGAGAAAUAGCUCAAAGUACACACCUCCUGAACGACUGGCCUUUUGAUGCCUCUGCAAAUAAAGAUGAAAUCAUCAUGGUUAUUUUUUAUUUAUAUUGAUAUCCCAUCUCACUCCACAGUUUAAAAGAUGGUUCCUCAGGGAUCAAAUAGGGGUGAAGGGAAAACUGAAAGCAGUUUUAAAAGCUAAACAAAGCGUAUUUCAUUCUCAGCAACUCUAUGCACACUGAUUAAACAAACGUGAGAUGAACAGAGGCUUUAUUUGAGAAAACAAGAAAGAUUAUCACCCCUAAGACUCAGAGGGAGGUUGGGCAAGGACUUAGAUUAAAUCUCACAAAGCUACUUUUACUUCAAAGUGGCCUUUUCUAGGUGGAAAAGUUUAAUCUUAGUGAUUGGGUAAAAGGAUAGCACAUGUGAAGAUCAUUCAAGUUGUAUCUGAACCUGAAUGCAAACCCGGUCCUGUGAGCACUGACGGCCAGAGCACGGCAGGUCCACACCGGUGUGCGGCCAAGCUGAAGUUCCAUACUUCUCUGGGCCCCCUUUUCCUCUCUGGAAAUGAGGGGGUUCUACCAAAUGACCUGAGGAGCCUGCAUCGCAAACCCUGUAACUCCAAAUACAUUUUAGUAAGCAGCACCACCCACUUACCCUUUGGAGAGUCUUACUGAAAGUCAUCAGUGGGCCUGCCAGUCAUUUGUAAGUGGCAAGGGCCUAUUUACCUGAAAUGUUAAGAACCAACUCAAAUCACACCUACUGUCACUUAUCGAUGUAAAGUAUGAUCCGUCAUUUUCAAAUUAACAUUAACUUUUCAUUUUUAAAUCAGUUUUGAUAUUUACCACAAGCUAAAUAUGUAAACUAUGAUAAAAACACUGUUGCCAUUUCUCUUGCCUUUCUAAACUUCCCAGAUUGUAACACUAAUCCGUCAACAUCAACUUUCUCUUUUCCUCUAGUGAAGCAGCCAGUUUGUCCACAACAAGCCCCACCGUGCUCUGCUGCGG